GCUCUUGUGUAACUUUUUUCGAUCUCUCUCUCUCUCUCUGUCGAUUUCCAAAAGCAAUGGCGCCUAAGAGAAUCGGAGCCGGCGGUAAAGAUUCGAGCAUCUUGGCGAAGAUUGCAAACUCGGACAUCGUCUCUCAAGGAAAAAGCGCCGCGUGCGACGCCGUUUACGUGUCGAAGAAGCUGUUAAAGAGCACCGGGAAGGCGGCGUGGAUCGCAGGUACGACGUUGCUGAUCCUCGUAGUGCCUUUGAUCAUAGAGAUGGAUCGAGAGCAGAUACUUAACGAGAUGGAGUUACAGCAAACCAGCCUUCUCGGAACUCCACCGGCCGCUGGGAUGCCGAUGUACUAAUCUUGAGAAACCCUAAUUCGUCGAUCAUAUCAUUAUUUCGAUUUUGGUAUGUUCAUGCUUUUUUUUUUAUUGUGCUAUUCGAUUAGAAACGCUUAGUUGCCUUGUGUACGCGUAGGUUUACUUAUAAGGGUUUUUUUCUCAGUGAAUUCGCUAUUUUUUCAAGCUUGUGUUUGAGCAUCAUUCUUAGAAUUUUGUUUGGCAAUUUAUGGUUUGUGCACUAUAUAAGAAAAAACAGAGCUUUUCUUGUAGAAGUGGAUUAUAUUUAUGCAAUAAGUGAUGUUAAUGGAGGAUUGUUAAA